AUGAAAUUGACACAUCUGCUACUUAGAGGAUCGCCGGUUUGCGAGAGAUUGCGGAUAGAGAUCGAAAUUGCGCCGGGGGGGCCGUCGGGACGUCGAUGUAUAUACACGGACGGAUCAUUUGGUGCGCCAAAUAGCGCUGUGCGCCCUUUCGAACGAGGCCACACCUCCGGCCGCUUCCCGCCCAAUGCUCACUCAGCACCGCCGGCCAAUCGCCCGGCGCCCGUCCCCGCCUCGACGCCGUCGAACAACGCCAUUCCGUCUGAACUCCAAACUCCAACACCGACCGGGAAUCCCACUCGACCAGCACCACAGAUAGAGACUCGUCUCACACCGGCAGCAUCACCGAGACGCGAUGUCGAAGACGUAGUCGCGCCACCUGCAAGAAUAAUGACAAUGUUAACGAUGGAGAGAAUCGCGAGCAACGCCGGCCAGCUCCACCAGCAGGACGACCAGGACAAGCCGCAGGCGUUCCGGCGGAAGGCCAAGAGGAAAGUGGACGAUUCGCGGGACGCCGAGAUGUGCGAGCGCUCCGACGACGAGGAGGACCUCAACGUGCUGGACGUGGAGAACGAGGACGACGAUGAGGAUGACGACGACGGGCUGUGUCCCGUCGAUUUGACGCGACGCCAGGAGGCGUUCGACGGCUUCGACGGCUUCGGCAAGGCCGGGUCGAAUCACAGUGAUUGUUCGAGUUGCAAGGACCAAGGGGCGAAGAGUCCGAAAAGUGUUUGUAGUGAUAGGAGCCGAUCGAGGAGUCCGAGGGACCAGAGUCCGUCGGUAGUGCCUAUAGCGAAUAGACGGUUAGCGUUUUCCGUGGAGAAUAUUUUAGAUCCGAAUAAGUUCACCGGGCGACAGACUGUUUAUAGUGAUGGGUUUUGCUGUUGGAAGCCUAUGGAGGGGUCUAGGGGGUCCACUGAUUACGAAGGAAGCGAUACGGGUAAAGACCACCAAUCGGAGGACGACGACGACCUCCACAGCGACAUCAGCGAGGACGCCAAAGACCCGUCGAAGAAAAAAAAGGGCGACAGCAAAUCGCAGAAUUCGGGGAAGCCGCGCCGGGCGCGCACCGCCUUCACCUACGAGCAACUGGUGGCGUUGGAGAACAAGUUCAAGACCACCAGGUACCUGAGCGUGUGCGAGCGCCUCAACCUGGCCAUCAGCCUCAGCCUGACGGAGACGCAGGUGAAGAUCUGGUUCCAGAACAGGCGGACCAAGUGGAAGAAACAGAAUCCCGGCAUGGACGUGAACUCGCCGACGGUGCCGCCGCCGAACGUCGGCUCCGGCGGGUCUUUUCCUGGGUUCCAUCAUGCUCACAAUGGACUGUUGUAUGGGCAUCACGUGCCCUACGGCGGUGUUUAUCCUCUGCAAACGUCCACCUCGGGCGGUUAUACGCCCUACUUCCAUUUGGCCAAUCACGGCCACAAUUUGGGCUCUUGAAUGUAAUGUACAGGGCGUCGAUAUCGGAACGGGGUUUGAAUCAUUUUACUUGGUUGAAUUUACCUUGGACCGAUUCGACGGUGAUGUAUUUAUAUGUGCCAUAAGACUGUAUAUAUUUUAUUCUUUAAUCUAUAGGGAGAUUGCACACUUAACC